UUUGAAUCUAAAAAUGUUGUUAUUGUUGGAGGAUCGUUGGACGGUUGAUCGAGAAGGAGAGUGAGUCGAGAGGUCAGAGUUAAUCGAGGAGUCGAAGAGUAGAGUUGUCGAGUUGCAUGAGUUACUAGCGUAGCAGAGAGAUUGUUGGCGUUGUUCAGUUGCGAGAGUGGUCGAAUUAGAGGUAGAGAAAGAUAAAAAUGGCAAACGUUGAGGACGAACGAUUGUCGGGUGAAGAGGGUUCGAUGCUGGAGGAACUGAGAAGUAAGCUCGCACGUUUGAAUCUGCUGAUAUCUUCGAAAUCAGUGCUGAUGGCCAGGCUGAACCGAGCGUGUAAGGCUGGUCAAUCGACUCCAAAGGGAUCGAAGCGCGCUGAAGAAUCAACAAACCAGCGAGACCUAAGGAGCGAGCAAAGAGCUGAGCGUAAUCAAGAUGGAAACGAAGACCUCGAGAAGCUGAGGACGAAGGAGUUGAGAACGCGCCUCGCUAGCUUGGGGUUAAAGGUCACAGGGAGAAAAUCCGAAUUACGCGCACGGCUACAGGCGGCCCUGGAAGGGAACAAUACAUCGUCGGAGGAAGAGAGCGACGACGGAAGUGAAGAUGAAGAUAAAAAAAGAUGUACGAGAACACAAGAGAGGUACGCGACGGUGUACCCGGACCGUGACGAACAUUACCAAAAGGCACAUAUUGCUUCGAUGUUGAGCUUCAGAGACGUUGAAGACACACUAGAGUCGUUCAGUGGCGACAAAGGCGAAAAUGUGGAGCGAUGCUUCGAGUCGUUCGAAGAAGUCGCGGAUACGUGUAUGUGGUCAGACGGUCAGAAGGCGAUCUACGCGAGAAAGUUGCUAAAAGGAUCAGCGAAAAUAUUCGUGAGUUUCGAGUGUCAUGCCAGGACUUGGCAUGAGCUGAAGAAAGGACUGAUUAGAGAAUUCUCAAAAAAGUCUAAUAGUCGACAAGUACACCAGAAACUCAGAGAAAUGAGAAAGAAAAGCGACGAGGCAUGCUUGGCUUACAUGUAUCGCAUGCUUAAAAUAGCCAGUUAUGUCGAUAUAGAGGAAGAAGCAAAAGUAGAAUACAUCAUAGAUGGGAUAAUAGACAAGGAAGUCAAUAAGUCUACGUUGUAUGGUGCUGCAUCCAUCAAGAAGUUAAGGAAGAGGCUAAUCGUGUACGAGGAGUAGAAGAGCCGAAGGACGAAGUCGAUUGCGAAGCCAGCCAGAGUUGAAAAAAACAAGAGUCCCGGCCAAUCUGGAGGUGCGAAAAAGAUGCGAUGCUACAACUGUGGUGAUGAAGAACACGUGUGUGCAGAAUGUCAGAACAAGUCGAGGGGACCUAAAUGUUUCAAAUGUGGAGGGUACGGACACAUCGCAUCGAAGUGCGGCGAUUUAGAUUCGAGUCGCGCGAGUGGGAAGCGUUUGGAAGACUAAAAGCGGCGUUAAGCGAGAAGCCAAUAUUAAAAUUGUAUCAUGCUAGAGAGGAGACUCAGUUGCAUACGGAUGCGUGCAGCGUGGGAUAUGGUGUGAUCUUGAUGCAGCGCGAUAGCGGGGACAAUGUUUUUCACCCCGUAUACUAUUGGAGCGGAAAGGCCUCACCGGCUGAAGAGAAGUACACCAGUUACGAACUUGUGGUUCUGGCCAUGGUGAAAGCACUGAAGAAAUCCGUAUCUACCUACUAGGCAUCCCGUUUAAAACCAUUACAGAUUGUGGGGCGUUCGCAUUGACGAUGCGGAAAAAGGACUUGUGCGUACGUGUUGCGAGAUGGGCGAUCCUCCUAGAGGAGUUCGAUUACAAGGUGGAGCAUAGACCUGGGAACAGUAUGAUGCAUGUCGAUGCGUUGAGUCGAAAUCCCCUACCGAGGUCAUGCUAAUAGACGAGAACGAACGAGGGAUGCUUCUACGGUUGAGAGAAGUGCAGUUGCUAGAGAACGACCUGCGGCAGAUCGGAGACAAUAUCGAACAGCAUGAGGUCGACGGGUACGUCCUAAAGAACGAGAUUUUAUAUCGAGAAAUAAAUGACGCGCCGCUAUUGGUCGUCCCAAAGUCGAUGCAAACUCAAAUAGUUCGACGAGCUCACGAACGUGGCCACUUCGACAUCACCAAAACGGAGGCGCUACUAAGAAGAGAUUACUGGUUCAAGGGAAUGCGUGAGAAAGUGGAAAAGGUGGUGCAGAGCUGCAUCGACUGUAUCCUUGCGGAGAGAAAGAAAGGGAAGAAGGAGGGGUUGCUGAACACCAUUGAAAAAUGGGAGUUGCCGCUCGACACCUAUCGUGUCGACCAUAUUGGGCCCAUUACCCACUACGAAGAAAAGCUACGGGGAUAUCUUUGUGGUAGUUGACGCUUUCACCAAGUUCGUCUGGCUGUACCCUACCAAAUCAACGGGUUCUGCAGAAAUUAUCAGUGGUUUGGAGAAGCAAUCUGUGUGCUUUGGGAAUCCACGAAGAAUCAUCUCCGAUCGUCGAACAGCGUUUACAGCUGUCGCCUUUGAGGAUUAUUGCAAUAAGGAAUGUAUAGAGCAUGUACGGACUACGACUGGAAUUCCGCGGGCCAAUGGUCAGGUAGAAAGGGUGAAUCGGACGCUUGUCCCGUUGACGAAGUUAUCUGCACCAACACCAGGCGAGUGGUUCAGACAGCUGGAGAAAGUGUCACGUAAAAAACAACACUCGUGGUAAUAUAUAUAAAAACUUUAUUUCUCAAGAGUCGAAGGCCAUUGAGUACCAAUUUUACAAUGCUCCAGUAUCGGCUUAUGAUUCAGAUUGGCUCGGCCAUCAUUAUUCGGAGUCUAAAUACUAAGCAGGAACAAUGAAAAUGAUGGAGGGGAUAUUGUUCCUGGAAGAUCCUUAUCAGGGUGGCGAGGUGUUAACUGACCGGAUGAUAUCUAGAGGUGUCAACUGUCCGGAGGAUAUUUAGAGGUAUCAACUGUCCUGAGAAUAUUUAGAGUAGAGGUAUCAACUGUCCGGAGAAUAUUUAGAGGUGGUCGCCUAACGUCAGGGUAAAAGAAUUUGGAGUUACAAAAGCACAGAGAUACCUAAAUGCAACUCCCAGCAGAAGCACCAACGUUACUCCGUUCCAGUUGUUGUUUGGAACGCAGAUGAGAACGCAGGACGAUCCGCAGAUCAGGCAGCUGGUUGAAAACGAAUGGGCCGCAAUGUUCCAGGAAGAGAGGGAUCAAUUGCGUGGAAUAGCAAGGGGACGGAUCGAGGAGAUCCAAACCCAAAACAUUUAUACGUAAAUUUCCGCGAUACUACAAUAUUCAUUUUACUGAGUGCAAUACCUGCGUUUUUUUAACAAUUACAAUUAAGUUUGGUAAUUCUCAAAACAGAGAACAUAGAAUAGUGAUAAAAUGAGUCUUAUAUAAUAAUAAAUUAAAAUAUUUCUUUUUGAAAUAUCUGUUCCUAUAGAGACAGAAUUGAAAGCAAAAUCUUAAAAAGUGAUAACAUACACUUUAAUUUAGCUACACUCAACAAAAAAUGAUAACUGUGAGAUAGCUGUAGCUGUCCAUUAAGAGAUUGCAAGAAAUGUGCCUGGUGUUUCAAAGAUGUGAGGAAAAGAAAAACAAAAAUAAAAGUAAAUACUGAUAAUCCUAUUUGGUUAAGGUACGUGUCAAACAUCUCACAAAAGGAGUCAAUCUAUAUCUUGAUCCUAUGGUCCUGUUACUUUCAAGGUUCUUCGACAAGUUUCGCUCAACUAUUAUCACAUAACGAUCACGUUGUUGUUACAAAUUUCGACUCGUGACCAGAGUUCCAAGUACAUUGGUAAUCAUUGACUCAAUACAACCGCGUUUUUUGAGAAAUUAUAUAUCGUAGUGAUAAAUAAACUGUACAGAUCGAA